GGCAGCCAGGCAGAGCCACGGCUCUCAAAAGAUAGCAGAGCUGCCCGGUAAGGGGGGGCGGGGAGCCCCCACCUACCAACGCUACCAUUGCCCAAGCUGUCACGGCAGUCACUCUGGGCAGAGCAGAUAACCACAAGGGCCAUUGGAUACCGUGCGUCGCACACAAGGAUCCUCAGUCACUGAGAGUGCUCCCUUCUUUCCCCACUUCAAAACAGAGACCCAAGAAAUUGAAGAUGCUCUCCAGCAGAAUGGCCUUCAGCGGCAAGUACGAGAUCGAGAGUGAGAAGAAUUAUGACGAGUUCAUGAAGCGUCUUGGGCUCCCCAGCGAUGUUAUCGAAAAGGGCCGAAACUUCAAGAUUGUCACGGAGGUGCAGCAGGAUGGGCAGAAUUUCAUCUGGUCCCAGCACUACCCGAGCGGCCACUCCAUGACCAACAAGUUCACCAUCGGCAAAGAAUGUGACAUGGAGACUGUGGGGGGCAAGAAGUUCAAGGCCACCGUGCAGAUGGAGGGUGGGAAGAUAGUGGCAGACUUCCCUAACUAUCACCAGACCUCGGAGAUCGUGGGUGACAAGCUGGUGGAGAUCUCCACCAUCGGAGGCGUAACCUACGAGCGUGUGAGCAAGAGGCUGGCCUGAGCAAGCAGGCGGGGCUCCCAGGGGGCUACGAAGCCAGCAGUGAAAGCUGGGAUAAGAACAGACAUUGUUUGCU